AUGGAGAAGAUGGACCUGACCAUCGCGGCGCUUCCGGAUGACAAGAAGCGGAUCAUGACAGCCCUCCGCAAUGAGGUCUACCUAAUUGGAGAGCAGCAGAUCACCUCGGCCAGACAUUCUACUGACUGUGCCUCCAAGAUCUUGUCGGGCUCGAUAGCUCUGAGACGCCACGCAGGGCUGCGCUCUUCAGACCUCACUCCACAGGCCAGAGCUAUUAAUUCCACCUUACCCUCGGACACCCUUCUCGACAAAGUGCGCUCCCUUUUAGAGAAAGGCGCUAUCGAGCCCAUGGAGCCUGCUCAGGCCCGAUACUGCUUCUUCUCAAGAUACUUUACCGUCCCAAAGAGGGACUUUGGGCUCAGGCCUAUCCUGGACUUACGCCAUUUGAAUUCUUUUAUUGUUUACAAACAUUUCAGGAUGGUAACUCUUGCUUCUAUUCUGCCAUUGUUACAGAAGGACUCCUGGUUCAUCACUUUAGAUUUGAAGGACGCUUAUUUUCAUAUCUCCAUAAGAGAAGGUCACCGUCGGUUCCUUGCCUUCACCAUCGGGACAGACAUCUUCCAGUACAAGGUUCUACCAUUUGCCCUUUCCACAGCACCGAGGGUCUUCACGAAGUGUAUGGCCCCCGUGGUGGCAUACCUUCGUCAACAGGGGAUAGUUGUCUUCCCCUACCUGGAUGACUGGCUAUUUACCACUCCAUCCCGAGAGGCACUUCUGCAGGAUGUUCAGUUUUCACUCUCUCUGCUAAAGGCCCUGGGCCUUCAGGUCAAUUUGGAAAAAUCACACCUCUCCCCGAUGAAGAGACUGGACUUCAUCGGGACGACUCUGGACUUCGAGGAGAUGAAAGCCUUCCUCCCGCGCUCAAGAUUCCAGGCCUUGACCUCUGCUCUAAAGGACUGUCUUUACCGGAGGAAGGUCCGGGCACAUGCAGUCCAAGUCGCUAUGGGCCACCUGGCUUCCACGACCGUCACUCCCUGGGCCAGGCUGCGCUUCAGACUGUUGCAGUCAUGGUUCCUGUCCGUCUUCGAUCCUGUGCGAGACUCCCCAAGGAAGGUACUUACCAUCCUGAGGAAGGUUCAGAGGUUCUUGCACUGGUGGCUCGAUCCCGACAACGUCUGCGUGGGCAUGCCCUUCGCGCCCCCACAGCCGGACAUCACCCUUACAACAAACGCCUCCUUACUAGGAUGGGGAGCCCAUGUCCUCGAAUUUGCCAUCAAGGACAAGUGGUCCCAGACAGAAGCUUCCCUCCACAUCAACACCUUAGAAAUGCUCGCGGUGGAGAAAGCUCUCAAGGCCUUCUGUUGCAUCCUUUCCAACAAGCCCCAAGAUACCGGGAGAAAGAUUAGCUUGCUUGAAGAAGACGAAAGAAGUGAAGUUAUAAACUCCAGUAAGAACACACAGAAAGAAAUAGGAAAGUCUCCAGAGAAGAUAGUUUGUUCCAGGAGCACUGGUGUUUUCCAGGAUGAAGAACUUCUUUUCAGCCAUAAGCUGCAGAAAGACAAUGACCCUGAUGUCGAUCUUUUCUCUAGCAACAAAACAGAGGUUUCAAAGCCCAGGGUAGCACUGUCAUCUGCAGGAGGUAUCUUUGGGACUGAUGAUGAUGAUGAUGUCAGCCUUUUCAGCUCUUCUAAAACAAAGCCUUUGAUGGAAGCAGAAAAUAAAACAUUAAUAAAGAAGGACAGUGUUAUUUCUUCUUUGGAGGAACAUAAUAAGGUUUCAGAGAAUUGUCAAAAUAUCAGACAAGAUGAAUCAUGUUUACAGGCUACUGAGACAAAUUUAGAUAUUAAACCAGCAAUGUUGCUGCCUUGUGGGACUUCAGUCAUGAAGCGAUCUGCAUCAUAUCGCAAGGCUCCAUGUUAUGAACCUCAUGACAUACAGUAUGCCAAAGUAGCCUCUGUUACAGGAAACAAUGAAGAAACAGGGGUCAGCUUUGACAAUCCUAUGCAAGCAGACACUUUACAAAAUGCCAACAAGGGCAGAAUCAAGAUGACUGGGAAACGGAGACCUCCUACCAGAAUUGCUAGGCGACUAGCUGCUCAAGAGUCCAUCAAGAAUGAAACGAUUUUUGCUGACUGUUCAUCCCUAGCUCUCUUAGAGGAAAACUGUGCACCAUCAGCUUUAACAUAUCCCUCCAACAGAAAACUGUUUAUUAAGAAUGAAAUAGACAAAUUGCUUCCACCAGCCAACAGCAGUGACCAUCAUGAAACAUCUAAUAACCCUAUUAUAAAAUCAACAGCCCACUCUGAUGUACAUGACCUCUAUGAAUCAAAUGAUCUUUUUGCUAACAUUGUUGGUUCUAAAGCCGCCUCAGGACCAAAAGCUACGGUGGAAACAGAAAGCCACAUGAGGCAGGUCCCUAAAGAUGGUGGGCAAUUGUCUGUUUCAUUGUCCCUGGAUGAUGCAAAUUGUGAAGACCUUUUCCAGCCUAGAAAGCCUUCAAAGGAAGUCAAGCCACCCUCUUUCUUGGAGGAUGAAGAGGACCUCUUCACCACUAUUAAAAAAACUGUGAAGAGAAAAGAACCAGCUCCCCAGCCAGAACAGGACCCUCAAGUCCAGGAUAUUUUUGAGGAUGAUAUAUUUGCUUCAGAAGCUGUCAAACUGCCUGUCAAAGCAAAAACCUUGAUGGAAGCAAAUCUGUUUGAUGAUGAUGUUGACAUCUUUGCUGAUCUUGCUGUAAAACCAAAAAAAAAGUGUGCCAAAAAGAAGAUGGAAGCUAAAUCAAUAUUUGAUGAGGACACAGAUGAUAUCUUCUCACCUAGCCAUAUCAAGACAUUGAUCCAAAAGACACCACUGCUUCAGAUACCUUCAGGAACUAAAAAUGAAUUUAGAACAUCAAGUACUUUUGAAGAUCCACUGAAUGCAUUUGAAGGCCAAUGAAGAUGUGCAUAUUGACUCACCUGUAACAGUCUUAUCUUGCCUAGUAAUAAUUUCCCUUGCUUUCCUGUCAAAACAGCCAGUAUGAUAGAAUUGUGAAUAUUCCUUGACUAUCUCCUUACUCAUGUAUCUAAAUAUUUUUCUGCAUGACACUUAAUGAAGCAAAACAUUGUAAGAAGAGGCUUGGCACCCUUUAGCACUCCUGUUCUUAUAGGUAGAUUGGUAGGUUCAUUCCCUUGCUGGUGUAAUCUAUUGUACAAAAUAUAGAUCUUAUUAAUCAGAACUAAAAAGAAAAAGGAGAAAUCAGUGAUACUAGCAAAUCACAUUUGUAAAAUUAGUGUCCUCUUACUUUAUUUUCUGCUCUAUGAUUCUUAAGUUCCAAAGGAGAAAGAAAGUUCAAGGGUUGGAGCUGAUUUUGUUGUUGGAUCUCGCAUGUUUGUUUCUGAUUGUGUAUCUUUUUGUUUAUUAAUAAACAGGAUCAGAAUAA